AAAACUAACAGUAGCAGACAAUCGUCAAGGAACGAAACUUAUCCAGAAACCUUUUAAGGGAAUUUCCAACUUUUCGACUCUCUUUCGGAGGAGUUUAUCUGGAUCUUCGAUAGUUUUCUUUCUGGGAACGAUGAUGUUUACCGGUUUCAACGCGGACUGCGACUCGUCCUCCCGCUGCAGCACCGCGUCUCCCACCGCUGACAACUUGGGCUACUAUCCAUCACCAGCAGAGUCCUUCUCCAGCAUCGGAUCUCCUCAGUCUCAGGAUUUCACUGACCUGACAGCAGCAAGUGCCUCAUUCAUCCCAACUGUAACAGCCAUAUCCACCAGCCCGGACUUGCAGUGGCUGGUCCAACCUCUGAUCUCCUCAGUGGCCCCGUCUCACAGAGCCCACCCCUACACCUCCAGUCCGGCUUACACAAGACCCGGCAUGAGGUCGGCUGCAUCCAAGUCUCAUGUCUCCAUGCGGAGGAGCCGAGGCGAACAGAUUUCAGCUGAGGAGGAAGAGAAGAGGAGAAUUCGCAGAGAGAGGAACAAGCAGGCAGCCGCAAAGUGCCGCAACAGAAGGCGAGAGCUCACAGACACUCUUCAAGCUGAAACGGACAAGCUGGAAGAUGAAAAGACAAGUCUGCAAACUGAUAUAUCCAGUCUUUUGAAAGAGAAGGAGCGCCUGGAGUUCAUCCUGGCAGCCCACCAACCCAUCUGCAAGAUCCCAACUGAGCUGGACACAGACUUCUCCGUGGCAUCCAUCUCCCCAGUCCACUCUUGCCUCUCCAGCUCACAGCCACAGCCCAACGUCGCAGUGGUCUCCUCGCUCCCAUCCAGUCAGCCAACUUUCACCUCAACCUCCAACUCCAUCUUCUCCAGCAGCGCCGCCUUGUCCACCGUCUCCAGCAGCGGGGUGAAGAUGACCGACCUGGACUCCUCCGUCCUGGACGAGUCCCUGGAUCUGCUGGCAAAGACGGAGAUGGAGACGGUGAGGUCGGUGCCGGAGGUCGACCUGUCCAGCUCGGUCUACACCACUCAGGACUGGGAGGCUCUCCACCCCUCGGCCGGUAGCAACGACUUGGAGCCCCUGUGCACGCCAGUGGUGACCUGCACGCCCGCCUGCACCACCUACACGUCUUCGUUUGUGUUUACCUUCCCUGAAGCCGAGACUUUCCCCACGUGCGGGAUUGCUCACAGGAGAGGAAGCAACAGCAACGACCAGUCUUCUGACUCACUCAGCUCACCAACCCUGCUGGCCCUUUAAAGACUCUUCACCUAUCCUGCACACGUGUAUGAGGUAGACGUGCAGAUCACAGGGCUAUGGAACAGACAUGUACCCCAACUAUAUCAUCUCUGAAGUCAUUUCUGCCUUUAUCUACACUUGCCAUUUACACCUAUGUAGCAAGUUAAAGCAUGUUUCAAAUAAUUCCACCUAUUAUUUCAUAUCCAAGGUCAUUUAUGAUUGUACGGUGCUAUGACAAAAAAAAUGUUUUGGUGUUGAUGUGUGUUUUCCAGCAAUAGCUACAAUUGACCCAGUUUGUUUUCCGGUUAAUGCAAUGUGAAAUUAUAUCUAUAUUUUUUUGGAACUGCUUGUGAAACUGACAGUUUGUCUUAACCAUGGUCUGAGUGGUCUAUCUCUUAGUACAAGGUUUUCUGUGAAAACAUGAGCUUAUUUAAUUUAUGAAAUUUAUUUUUUUUACACAGAGAGUAAGGACUAUUGUUGUUUGCAAAGUGUGUAAAUAAAAUAUAGUGAUUUUUAAAUGAA